CGAGUACAAGCCAAGUCAUCGUCCAGUAGACAAAGUGGUACUCUCUACAGACCAACCAGCAAGUUCAUGAAGGAAGAGAAAACAGAAGAAGCCACGCCCCCUCCUCCUGCCCCCCCUCUCACCAAGAAACCACCAAAGAAAAAAGGGGCGGAGAAGAAGAAGAGUAUUCUGGAGUUGUUUAGAGAAGAGUUGAAGAGAAGUCAGGAGAUCAGGAUGGAACGCCACGGGCAGAGGUCCAAGGGGCCCAGCGAAGGAGGAGGUGGGAGAGGGGAAGAGAGGGAGGAGAGGGAAGGAGAGGGAGAGGAGGAGCUGCCAUCAGAACCUCUCCCCAUCCUGCCUGACCCAGUGGUCCCUGAGGAUUUCAAGGUGGACGAAUACAAGGAGUUGGGGAAAGGGUCAUUUGACAAUGGAGACCCUCUUACCACCAACCUCUAUGUCGGCAAUAUCAACCCUAAGAUGAACGAGGAGAUGCUGUGUCAGCAGUUUGGUAAGUUUGGAUCUCUGGCGAGUGUGAAGGUGAUGUGGCCGCGAACUGAGGAGGAGAGAGCCCGCAACAAGAACUGUGGCUUUGUUGCCUUCAUGAAGAGAGAGGAGGCGGAGAAAGCUCUGGACACCAUGAAGGGGACCACCAUUAUGGGGUACGAUGUCCAGAUUGGCUGGGGUAAGUGUGUGCCCCUCCCCCCACACCCCAUCUAUACUCCGCCGGACAUGGAGGAGGAGAAGUCGAGCAAAGUCCCCGACCCUCCCUCCGGUCUUCCAUUUAAUGCCCAGGCUCGCAAGAGGAGCUCGGGAGGUGGUUCCAAAAUAUGGGAAUGUGCCGCCACCUGGAGGAGCCAGUCAGGAGGAAGACGAUGACUUUGAGAGGGUGCUGCUGACGUCGUUGGUGAAGGUAGUGAUUCCAACAGACAUGGACCUCCUGAAACUCAUCCACAGAAUGAUAGAGUUUGUCAUACGAGAAGGCCCCAUGUUUGAGGCCAUGAUCAUGAACAGGGAGAUGAGCAACCCUCUCUACCAGUUUCUGUUUGACAACCAAAGCCCAGCUCACAUCUACUAUCGCUGGAAACUAUUCUCCAUCCUCAACGGAGACUCACCAGAGACAUGGAGAACUGACGAGUUCCGGAUGUUUGAUGGAGGGUCGCUAUGGAAACCACCUCCACUGAAGAACCUGCUGUCCAAGGUUCUGCCUCCCAUCCAGGAGGUCGUCAAGAAAGGAGCUCUCUCUGCCAAGAACAGAGACUAUCUGGAGGACAAGCUUCGGUCGGUUACCAUGGAGAGAGAGAGUGUCCGUGGACUCAUGAUGUGGUGUAUGGAACACUCGGACUCAGCUGAUGAGAUAGUGGAGUGUGUCUCAGAGAGCCUGUGUAUCAAUGAGACUCCACUGCCUACUAAACUGGCCAGACUCUAUCUACUGAAUGACAUUCUCCACAACUGCACCUCUUUCGUCUACAACUCCUCUGCCUUCAGGAGAGGGUUUGAAGGUAAACUGGUCACAGUCAUGGAGCAUUUUCACACCAUUUUGAGGAACAUUUCGUCACGAAUCAGAGCGGAACAGUUUAAGCGUCGUGUGCUGACGUGCAUGAGGGCGUGGGACACCAUGUCGGUCUACCAUUUCAACCUGGUCGACAAGUUGAGAGAGACAUUCAUCGGAAAGACUCAGGAGGAGGCCGAGAAACAGAGAGCUUUUCAAACGGUGGCCAUGUUGAUGCAGCCCGAAGCCUCCACCCACACCACCCACGACGACCCUGAGCCCAAUCUCGAUGGUGUGCCUCUAUUAGAAUCACAGCCAAUUGACUUCAGUCGAGCCGGGGGCGGUCUACCUGUACCGGUCGACAUGGAAACGGAGGGGCAGGGUGGAGCUGAUUUGGACGGGGAGCCCCUGGAGGAAGAGGAUUUGGAUGGUGUGCCGAUGGCUGACGCUGACAUUGAUGGAAUUCCUCUGGAGAAAGACAACAUUGAUGGGGAACCUCUUGAGGGGGAUGCCCCUGGUAAUAAGGGAGUGAUGUCAUCAUCAUCAGGAGUGAGGUCCAAGUGGGAACUGGUGGACUAUGGGGAUGACUCCAGUGAGGAAGAAGAGGAGAAAGGAGGCAAGAGAGGGGGAGAGGAUGAAGCUGCACAGAGAGAGAAAGAAAGACAGCAACUCCUGGCCGAGAUUGAUGAAAAGAAGAGAAAAAUCCUCCGAGAAGUCGAGGUCAGUCCCCCCUCACUCAACGAGCCACUGAUUACAGGGGUUUACCAACCCACCAGGUGAAGGUGAUGGAACUGUCUGAUGCGCUGGAGUCCUCUGGGAGCUACUCCAGAGCCGAGAUCAGUGAGAGGCUGCAGAAGUACAGAGAUAGACUCAUGCAGGAGAGUGUGGAGCCUUCUCGCAGCCCACGGCAACAGAAGACUUCCAGGAGGUCACGUUCGCCCUCCCCAUCCACCCUCGCCAAGUACAGUCUGGAAUCGUCUCCGAAGAAACAACUCUCACGAAGCCACUCCCCCGAAGUCACCAAGCCACACCCCCCAAACUCAUCCCCCUCUCCCCCUCCCCCUCCUCCCCGCUCUCCCACUGGUCGGAGGUCAAAGUCUAGGUCACCAGUGAGGAGGAAAAAAUCUCGCUCCCGAUCUCCAAGAAAGAGGUCUCGGUCUCCACGACAACGAUCCCGCUCUCGGUCACCAAGGAAACGGUCUCGAUCAAGGUCCCCUAGGAAGAGGUCUAGAUCUCCACGACAACGAUCUCGCUCCCGGUCACCAACAAAACGGUCCCACAGUCCAAAGAGGCACCGCUCUCAAUCCCCGCACUCCCAUCGUCACCGCUCUCCCUCCUCCUCCUCCUCGUUGCGACAUCACCACCACCGCUCCUCCAAGAAGAGCAAGCGGAGGAGUCGAAGCCGCAGCCCCCACAAGAAGACAAAGAAAAGCCGACACUGACAGGAUACACACUCACAAUAUUCCCCACCCCUCAAUUAUGUGUACGAUUGUGUGCUUUUGCUUUGUGCUGUUCAUGUAAGUGGUGACAAAAAAGACACGUAAAUUCCAAUUAUGUGGCAGUAUGAAGAUAAUGUGUGAUGUCAGUAUCUAGCAGUCUGUGAGAUCGCAGAAUUCGCUGUGUGUUUUCAAUGACUGUCUCGACAAACUCCACCUGACUGGCAGUGAAAUGGUCAAAUUCGGUCGUGCUAGCCUUUCUUCUACGGAACUCGUUGUAGUCCUUUAGUCUUUUGGAGAUGGUUGACA